AGUAUUUCUGAAAUUACUGAAAUUAUAGAACGCAACUACGCAAGUACACAACACAAAAUCCAUUCAUUCAUACAUUUACAGAGUCCAGUCCCAACACUCGAAUCUCUUCUUGUCUACCUUCCCGGCUUUUCCGCCGCCUUUAAUUUACAGUUUCAAUCCCCUUACUCUCUCUCUCUCGCAAUGGUUCAUCAAUGGCGAGUACUCAACCUCAUCAAUGGAAGAUGACAUGUUCAUCCAAAACCCUAAAAUUUUGGGCUUUUUCCAUCGACAAUUCCUUCUUCCAUUGCUGCUAACCUCAUGCCGAACGACGUCGUUCCGAAGUCGGCUGCUCCCUCUCCGAUUCUCGAUCGUUUCCGUAUCCUUCUCAAGGAGAGAGAAUCUGAGUUUAGGGUUUCCGAUAUCGACGACGUCGUUUCGGUUCCACCGCCGACAACUGAGGAGAUUGUGAGAUUUUACGAGGAUGUUUUGUCGGAAUUAACGUUUAAUUCGAAGCCGAUAAUCACUGAUCUUACUGUUAUUGCUGGUGAGCAGAGAGAGCAUGCCGAGGGUAUUGCUGACGCUGUUUGUGCUAGGGUUUUAGAGGUUCCAGUAGAUCAAAAGUUGCCUGCUUUGUAUUUAUUGGACAGCAUUGUCAAGAAUAUUGGACGCGAAUAUGCUAGGCACGUUGCACCUCGUUUGCCGGAGGUAUUUUGUGAAGCUUACAGACAAGUACCACCAAAUGUGUAUCCUUCAUUGCGCCACCUGUUUGGAACCUGGUCAACUGUCUUCCCAUCACCGGUUCUUCGUAAGAUUGAGGAUGAAUUGCAGUUCUCUCCAAGGGUAAACCAACCAUCAUCCAACAUAGCCAGUAUGAGGGCUUCUGAAUCCCCUCGACCCUCUCAUGGCAUACAUGUCAAUCCCAAAUACUUGGAAGCAAGACGACAAUUUGAGAAUCCAUCAAUUAAUAAUAACAUCCAGCUUGGGAGGGGUGCAUCUAACUUAGCAACACUGGGUCAGAAGCAUUCUAUUCCAUAUGAAGAGUAUGAUUAUUAUCAAGGAGAAGGCACAAGUUCCCACAUUGAUGCCCAAAGAUUCAAUGGUUAUGGUACCCGUACAUUGUUUCCACAAUCAACAGAUAAGCUGCUUCCAUCUGUGACUGUGAGUGCUUUGGGCAGGCCCUUAUCACCAUCAGUUGAUGAGUUUACAAUGUCCACCUCACCUGGAAGGGUAUUUGAACGGGCGUCUCCAUCCCGUACAGGAUAUAGUAAUGGACGUAGGAGAGCAAGAGAUGAGGAGUCAGAUGACUGGCAGAAAAGACAUCGCUCUGAUGAUUCCUAUCGUGGUUUUGAAAACAUUGCAAACUAUGGUUUGAGUAAUGGUUUUGAACAUGACAGGCCAAGAGCUCUGAUUGAUGCUUAUGGCCAAGAUGAUGGGCAAAGGUCAUUGAAAAAGAAACCUCUUGGUAUGGGUCGCUUGAUUGCUAAUGGUGCCGGAAGUAAAAUUGCUGAUAGCUCAUGGCAAGAUACCGAGGAAGAAGAAUUUGAUUGGGAAGAUAUGAGCCCGACAUUAGCUGAUGGGAAGAUCAAUAAUCUCACUGCAUCUACUGUGCCUUCCAGAGGUUUUAGAGCUAUACCUGGUGUUGGUUCUGUUGGCUCCAGACCUUCUGAUUCCAGUUUCAGGAGGAAUUGGGAAAUGUCUAGGCUAGAGGAUUCGCAAAAAGUUGCUGAAGAUGUUGGUCAUCUAUUAUCCAACAGGCCUCUUUCAAGGAACGAGAUGAAUCACUCUCAGGGAGCUUGGAAGUUCUCUGGCAGUCUUUCUGGGUCUGUAGCUGUGGCUGGAAGAGAAUACACUUCUCAGUUGACAUUACCUGCAAAUGGAGUGCCUCCAUUGUCAUUUGAUGGAAAGCCUUCUUCUACAGAUCAUUUUGCUGGAGUUCCAAUGCAGCUUGGCAGGGGCUCUAAUGUUACAACUAGAGUAGGUUCUUCAGCUUUAAAUUCUUUUGAAGAGAGACCUCCCUCACCUGCGGUCUCAUGGCCCUCCACAAGUGGGCAUAAUGUGGUGCCACCUGCAUACCUGCAGCAAAACCCGCCUAGACCGUCCUUUGAUUUUACAAAUAGAAGUUACAGUGUCCUCCAUCAAGGGAAUCAACAAUUUGUCACCGAUGACAAAAGAAAUUCAAUUUCUGGAAAGCUGCAACACAGGCCGCAGUUUAGCUUCACCCCAUUGCACCAUCUGUCGCAGCAACCUGUGUCAUUACAGCAGCAAUUGCGUCUGCCUCAAGAAUCUCGGCAGAAUGCUGUAUCUAGUAUGUCACCUUUGCCACCUCAAACGAUGCUGCCAUCUAGUCUUGGAUAUACUCCAUUAGGUCAUGGGCUUGCAGCUAGUAAUGCUGUGCGUAAUCCGGUACCAGGUUCACAUCCUUCUGUACCGUUCCAAAAUGUGUCCAAUGGUUCUUUGCAGUUCCAAGCACCUAUGGCACCACUCCCUUUAGUCCCUCGUCCCUAUCCUCAGUUUGUACCUCUUCCACAGAGUUCUGGUCCCCUGACUAAUCAAUCACCGACAGCUGCUAUUUCUGGUUUACUUAGUUCCCUUGUUGCUCAAGGUUUAUUCCCAUCGAAUCAGACCCCUGUACAGGAUUCUCUUGGAGUAGAGUUUAACCCCGACCUUCUUAAGGUGCGUCAUGAGUCAGCCAUAAAGGCUUUGUAUGAUGAUCUACCCAGGCAGUGCACCACAUGUGGCCUUCGGUUUAAGACCCAAGAAGAACACAGUAAGCACAUGGAUUGGCAUGUGACCAAGAAUCGAAUUUCAAAGAACCGUAAGCACAACCCUUCUCGUAAGUGGUUUGUCAGUGUGAGUAUGUGGCUCAGUGGUGCAGAAGCAUUGGGGACUGAUUCAGCUCCUGGAUUUUUGCCAACUGAGAGUGCUGAUGAAAAGAAGGAUGAUGAAGAAAUGGCAGUUCCAGCAGAUGAGGAUCAAAAUGUAUGUGCUUUAUGUGGGGAACCUUUUGAAGAUUUUUACAGUGAUGAAACUGAAGAAUGGAUGUAUAGAGGAACUGUGUACUUGAAUGCACCUUCUGGGUCAACUCUAGGUAUGGACAGAUCACAGUUGGGCCCUAUUGUGCAUGCAAAAUGUAGGUCUGGUUCUAGUGCUACUCCAACCUGAAGAACAAGCAUCUUGCUUUACGGGACUUUCAAGAGGCUAACAAUGGGACAAGUGAGGAGUUAAUUAUCAACCUAGAUGUUUGUUUUUCCUGUAACAUUAAUCUGAGUUUUAUCUUGUUAGAGGUAGGAUCUUAUACUUUUCUCUCUCCCCCCCCCCCCCCCUCCCCCUUUCAUUUCAAGAUUUUCUUACUUUGGCGCUCUAGCGGUGACAUCAUGCCAGAAUUAUGUAAAUACAGCGGAGAUAUACCAUCCUUAGUCCUUUGCAGUUACAGCAAAAUGCUUCGGCUCAACAAUUUCAUCUAUGGUGUACUUUUCAGCAUCGAUGAAUGAAAAUUAUGUAGAGAGACGUCUGGAGUUUUGAUUUUUCGACCCCCCUCCCCCUUAGAGAAAGGAAAACAAAUUGAAGAAAAAUCCUUUUUCUUGUUCUCUAUAUAUAUUUUCUUCAUUUACUUCGACUGCACUAUCAAAAUGAGUCUGAUGCUGAUGGCGGGGAAGGUUUUCAGCAAUCGAUCUUCGUAGCAGAUUUCAUGAGUUGAUAUCUUCUUAGCAGGGAAUGACAAAAUGCAGAUUAGUGGUAGUGGCAGUGGCAGAGUGCCAAAUUAUAUAGGGAUGCAAUUUCGGAAUAUAAUUAACUUGUAUUUACUGUGUUUUAUGAUUAACCUUCAUGGAAAAUUUUUACUUGUCUAUGUUAACGAAACUGUGGAGCUUGCAUUUCA